GUCGAGAGUGAACCCUCUCGCUUCGCCUCUUCCUCUCUGUUGUGGAUAUGUAUUUUGCUACUAUGUAUCCUUAACCCCAACACAAUUCUGCCUGGACUCAAUAUAACUGUGAUUUCUUUUAACGUUACAUCGCCAUCUUUAUGGGAAAUGUGGUUCUCUGCUUGAAAAAUAUAGCUACUACAACAUCCAUGCGUAGGCAAUCCGGAAGAGUGCAGCCGGUGACGUGUUCAAGAAAAUACUCGAUUAGUUAAAAAAACAAACAUAAUUAGAGCAGAAAACCUCCGUGUUUACACAAUGUCCUCGUUAGGAAUACUCGUAGGCUAUUUUCUCCCAAUAACUGCAAACAUGAGUACCAUUUUUGCAAUACUUCUUGUUUUUGUUGGGUGCUGCAGCAAUGUUGUGUUUCUGGAAACGCUUGUAAGAGAGUUCCCAGGAUGUGGCAACAUUGUGACCUUCGCUCAAUUUGCCUUCAUUGCAUUGGAGGGGUUCAUCUUCGAGACGAACUUUGGAAGAAAGAAACCAGCCAUCCCUAUGAGCAACUAUGUAAUCAUGGUGACCAUGUUCUUCACAGUCAGUGUGAUCAACAACUAUGCUCUCAACUUCAACAUCGCUAUGCCUCUGCACAUGAUCUUCAGAUCUGGAUCGUUAAUAGCUAAUAUGAUCCUGGGUAUAAUAAUUCUGAAGAAAAGGUAUUCAAUGAGUAAAUAUCUCUCCGUAGCGAUGGUGUCUCUGGGCAUCUUCAUAUGCACCAUCAUGUCCGCCAAACAAGUGAAUGUAGGUACUAAGGGCUCAGAUGAUCAAGGUGUAUAUGCCUUCCUGCACUGGCUGAUAGGUAUCGCCAUGUUGACCUUUGCACUGCUCAUGUCUGCGAGAAUGGGCAUUUUCCAGGAGACCCUAUACAAGCAGUAUGGCAAACACUCCAAGGAGGCUCUCUUCUAUAAUCACUGCUUGCCUCUGCCUGGGUUCCUGCUUCUGUCCUCAGACAUCUACAACCACGGUGUCCUCUUCAGUCAAAGCACUCCUGUAGAGGUUCCUGUGAUUGGCCAGGCUGUGCCGGUGUUGUGGCUGUACCUACUGCUGAACGUCAUCACACAAUACGUGUGCAUCCGCGGUGUCUUCAUCCUGACCACAGAGUGUGCCUCUCUCACCGUAACCCUGGUGGUGACUCUGAGGAAGUUCAUCAGCCUCAUCAUCUCCAUCCUCUUCUUCAAGAAUCCCUUCACCGCCUGGCACUGGGUGGGCACUGGAGUCGUCUUCCUGGGCACCCUGAUCUACACGGAGGUCUGGACUAGCAUCUGCACGGCGUUAAGAGGAAGUGAAAAGCUGAAGAAGAAAAAGACGUAGUAAUAUGCAGUAAAGAAGGCGGAGUGAUACGCAGCACUUUCGUCAAUUCCUUGCAUCCUCUCUCUUUGCCUCAAAAAGAAUUGAAGAAGAGGAUCCACGAACUUGGAUCCACAACUGCACUGUUGUGUGUGUAUACGGGACUACAUUUGUUGUGGGUGUGAUUGCACACUCUGGAGCCUGUUUCCCCCCUCGCUCUCUACUGCAGUUGCAGUAGGAGCACGUUGGUUUUUAAUAGAAUCAUCAUUAAAAAAAUAAUUGUUUUCAUUGCUUGAACAAUUACUUUAGAAAAAAAGCAUUCCCACUAGGUUUCUCACUUAACCCAUUUUAAGGACAUAACCUUGACAAAAACUACCUUGUUGACUGAAUAAGUCAAGGCAAGAUUAUUGCAAACUGAUUGUAUGGAGAUACCCUACUGUUUUGUUAGUUUUGUUUGUUUGGUGAGCUGUAUUUAUUUAGGUGUUUUGCUAAUUAUGAGUUUUGCUGAGCUGUGACUCAAAAGUAUGUGUCUGUCAACAUGUAAUUGAACACCAGAAAAAUUAUUAUACCGGUAAAUGGACAAAACACAUUAGUGUACUCUGAUUAGCAUAAUUUUGAAAUACUAAAUGACAAAAAGUGAGUUCACCACCUCAAUGCUAUACAAACUGAUGUUAGUGAAACACAAAAGUUACAAGUAUUAUUUUCAUGUAUUCUGAAUAUGAUACUUGCUCAGAUUUUAUUGUAGGAAUAUUUCCUCAGGAGGAUUUUUGUCCUUUCAAAAUAGUACUUGGCAGGUCCAGCAACUUUGUCUUGAAAACCCCCCAAAACCAUGCAAAUGCAUUUUCCUACACUCCAGAAUCACUGCACCAUUAAUUCUCAACCUACUGAAAUAAAAAGUUCUACCCUA